AUGGUUUCCAAUUCCACUUCAGUUUGUUUCAAUUCCACUAGCUAUACCAUUGAUGUUUCUGAGCUCCCUCUUCCAGAAUGGUUAGAUGACUGGGAUUCUUUAUUACUUGCUAUGCCGUGCGAUGAUGAAAUUUUCGUUUCUGUUCCAAAAGAUCUGGACAGCAACACUACAGCAAAGAUACUGGCUUAUUCUUUAGCCUCUGGUAUUGCAGUUGAUAAUUGGAAUAGUGAACUGCAGAAGAGAGAAAACAUUCAGGCAGAUCUUGAUGCCUUCUGGGAAACAGGCACUGUUGAGCUAGACUCGCUAUCAAUUGUACACAAUUGA